AUCGCUACGGCUGCCGUGGCAGGCUCGAUCACUGUCGUCAACGGUACAUUUACACUCAUACAAAAUUGCUACAAGCUUGCUGCUGCGGACGAGGACUUGGCGAUCUGUCUGGAGCUUCUUGACAAUGCCGAACGAGACAUCAACUAUGCCAGGCGUCAGCUAAACAGCCGCAAGACAAGUCGGCAAACCGAAUUCUCUGCAAUUGAUUUCCAGUACUUUGAGCGGUGUAUUGAGAAGUUGGAUCAAGCAGCACUCAACCUGGGGAAACUGGUUCGAGGUUAUCGUGUGGAACGCGACGUCAAAAACAGCAUCUCGAUUCCAAGUAGAUUCAAAUGGGUUUUGCAAGGCAAAGAUAAAUUUGCCAAUCGCCAGGAUGUCUUAAGGAUGGCACACACAAGUCUUGUGGGAGUGAUACAACGUUUAGGCAACGUCACUGCAUACAUUCCAGAAACGUACACUUCGCAAUUCGCUCCUCCUCCUCCUCCUUAUAAUCCUCCAACUUAUUCACAACCCUAUUCCCACUUGGCACCUCAAACGGAGACGAAGAUCUUGAGAAGUCCGAGUCAACAGCGAGCCCUGAGGGGCAAGAGCUCCAUGCUGCUA